UUUGACUGGAGUAGCAGCUGACUAUCCAAUCAUCAAUCAUCAAUUUAGGGCAGCAAUUUUUAGUUGUUUUGAAUUUCAGGUGCUCUCUGGUCGACGUUUUACCGUGCCUGGUGUUAUGGAAAGCUGACAUUUGGAGGCUUGUAAGAGACUGCAGGCCAACAGUUCACAUCGAGUUGUUUACGUUUAACGUUAGCUAGUUAGCCAGUUAGCAAAUCUGACAUCCGAUGCUCGUUUUAGGAUGAAAUGGAUAGCUUUGUUGUUUCCCAUGGAUUAAUACGUUCGUUUAACAGGUCACACAAUUUUCCACAUCAGAUGUGGUCGGUUCAAGCAAAUUAGAAACACAAACUGACGCAAGAUGGAGAAACCUCCUUUCAGACAGAAUCAGGUCUGUGGGUCAUGGCUUAUGAAGGAGAGGCUGGGGACAGGAGGAUUUGGACAUGUCUACCUGUAUCAAAAUCAGGAAACCUCGGAAAAGAUUGCUGUGAAGCUCUGUCGCCUUGAACUUAAUGCAAAAAACAAAGACAGAUGGAGUCGAGAGAUCCAGAUUAUGAAAAAGCUGAAGCACCUUAAUGUGGUGACAGCAAAGGAUGUGCCUGAGGAGAUGAUGCACAUUGCCUUGAACGAUUUACCGCUUUUAGCCAUGGAAUACUGUUCCAAGGGAGACCUUCGAAAGUUACUCGGCAAGCCAGAAAAUUGUUGUGGGUUAAAAGAGAGUGAGGUGUUGGCGCUACUCAAUGAUGUUGGUUCUGGAAUCCAGUACCUCCAUGAGAAUAAGAUCAUUCACCGAGAUCUCAAACCAGAGAAUAUUGUGCUACAAGAUAUCAAUGGAAAGCUUGUCCACAAGAUAAUCGACCUUGGCUAUGCCAAAGACCUAGACCAGGGGAGCCUAUGUACUUCAUUUGUGGGGACUUUACAAUAUCUGGCUCCAGAGCUGUUUGAAGGCAAGUCGUACACAGUCACUGUGGACUAUUGGAGCUUUGGCACCAUGAUCUUUGAGUGCUGCUGUGGAUUUCGGCCGUUUCUUCAUAAUCUUCAGCCUGUGCAGUGGACCAGCAAAGUGCGAAACAAAGGUCCUAAGGACAUAAUGGCUGUAGAAGACAUGAAUGGCGAAGUCCGCUUUUCCACCUGCCUUCCAUACCCCAACAAUCUGAGCAGGACACUACUGGAGCCCUUGGAGGGGCUGCUACAGCUGAUGCUAAAGUGGGACCCAGUACAGAGGGGAGGAGGAUUGAAUCCAGAAACAAAACAGCCCCAAUGCUUUGCUCUUCUAGAUCAAAUAUUGAACAUGAAGGUUGUGCACAUCUUAAACAUGACAACAACCCAGGUUCACUCAUUUCUGCUUAGCCCAGAUGAAGGGCUUCAUUCUCUGCAACAAAAGAUUGAGACCGAGACCAACAUCGAACUUUUGAAUCAAGAGCUUCUGCAGGAAACAGGAGUCAUGUUAGAUCCCAGGAAACCUGCUGCACAGUGUGUGUUAGAUGGAGUAGCACAAAACGGCACACGAAGCUCUGUGAGUCAGAGUGGAGAGAUGCCCUCCUCGCUGUCAACAUGGAACCAGACUCAAGCCCAGUGCUCCUCUCGCCUGCCCAUGUCCCUGCAAGUGCCACACGAGGGGUAA